UAGCAUGCCAAACUGCAUCUGAAGUCCUGUAAGCCACCCUGUCCCGCCUCUACUGCCCGUGUCCCAACUGCCCGCGCCUCGGCCAUCUCCCGGCUCUGCGUCAGACAAAGGCCCUUCGUCAUUGUGUUCCCCGCCACCAUUUAGCGAGCCAGCAGGUGCGCGGCUCGAACUUACACCUGGUGCGCAGCGUCGCUCUUGGGUGAAACAACGACUCUUUACAGCUUGCGCCGUCCGUCCGCUCGCUCCUGCUCGGAUAGAGCCCACCGUCCAACCGCCGCAGCGCUCACUGCCUCCUCGACUGCUCCUCCGUCGACGCCACCUUCACCAUGGACCAGCUCGGCAGCGACAUGCUCGUCGAGCCCGACUACGAUGAGAAGCAAGACGUCGCCAUCAUUUCCACCGACGACACCAUGGACGAGGCCGAGGCGGAGCCCGCUCCUCGCGCGGAUGACUUUGAAGCCAUGAAGAAACGCUGCAUGCCGGAACUACCGGACCUCGAGACUGAGGCCGAGGCCGUACAUACUUGGGAGAUCCAAGAAUGGAGGACCAUGUCCCGGCGCGAGCAUGGCCCUGUCUUUAAGUGCGCUGGCCACCCGUGGAGGAUAUUGUUCUUCCCAUUCGGUAACAACACCGAUCAUGCCUCCUUCUAUCUUGAGCAGGGCUUCGAGGACAAGCCGCCCGAGGAUUGGUACGCUUGUGUGCAGUUCAUGCUGGUUCUCUGGAACGCCAACGACCCUACUAUACACGUUUCGCAUACGGCCACCCACCGAUUCACGGCGGACGAAGGCGACUGGGGCUUUACCCGAUUUGCGGAGCUGCGCAAACUGUUCGCCGCGCACUGGGAAGACCGUGAUAGACCGCUCGUGGAAGGCAACUCGGCCAAGGUCACUGCGUACGUUCGGGUCAUCAAAGACCCCACUGGUGUUUUAUGGCACAACUUCAUAAACUACGAUUCGAAGAAAGAAACUGGCAUGGUCGGCCUAAAGAACCAGGGCGCAACCUGCUAUCUCAACUCUCUCCUCCAAUCACUUUACUUUACUAACGCCUUCCGGAAGGCCGUCUAUCAAAUACCUACGGAACAAGAAGCAGAUAUACGAACGAACAGCGCAUAUGCUCUGCAGAGACUCUUUUACCAGUUGCAAACCAGCAACUACGCCGUAUCCACGAAUGAGCUUACAAGUUCAUUUGGUUGGGACUCCAGGCAGAUUUUUGAGCAGCAGGAUGUCCAAGAGCUUUCCAGGAUAUUGAUGGAGCGAAUGGAAGAGAAGAUGAAGGGGACCGAAGCGGAGACUGCGCUGCCAGACAUGUUUGUGGGCAAGAUGAAAACGUACAUCUCUUGCAUCAACGUUCCCUACGAGUCAUCACGAAUCGAGGAUUUCUGGGACGUGCAGCUCAAUGUCAGCGGUAACAAGAACCUGGACGACAGCUUCAAGGAUUAUGUCCAGGUUGAGACCAUGGAUGGCGAAAACAAAUACUUUGCGGAAGGCUAUGGUUUGCAAGAUGCAAAGAAAGGUGUCAUUUUCGAAAGCUUCCCGCAAGUUCUUCACCUCCAGUUGAAAAGGUUCGAGUACGAUUUCAACCGGGACGCCAUGAUGAAAGUCAAUGAUCGAUACGAGUUUCCUGAGGUCUGGGAUGCGUCCCCUUAUCUUUCCGAGGGGGCGGACCGAUCUGAACCUUACAUUUACCGUUUACAUGGCGUCCUAGUCCACAGCGGCGAUCUGAACGCUGGCCAUUACUAUGCCUUCCUCAAGCCAACCAAGGAUGGCGACUAUUACAAGUUUGACGACGACAGAGUCACACGUGCCACGAUACGGGAAGCGCUGGAGGAGAACUUUGGAGGAGACUACACAAACUUGGUCAAUGGCAAUAGCCAGCAGAGGAACCCGUAUACUCGCACCUGGUCGACCAAACGAUCAAUGAGCGCAUACAUGUUGGUGUACAUUCGGGAGAGUCGGUUGGACAACAUUUUACUGGGAGACGAUGGUGUCCAACCGCCAGCUUUCAUAGCCGAGAGGUUUGCGGAAGAACGGGCGGCAAUUGAAAAGAGGAGAAAGGAGAGGGAAGAAAUGCAUCUCUAUCUCCAUGUCUCUGUCGCCAUGGAAAAGAAUUUUGUCGCCCAUCAAGGCUUCGACAUUGUGCCAUGGACCAAAGAUGCCGAGGGCAGUGACGCGUGUCCUAAGACAUACAAAGUGUUGAGGGCAACAACCAUGACCGAUUUCACAAAGAUGGUUGCGGAAGAUAUGGGCUGUGAGCCGGAAUCCUUGCGUCCCUGGGCUAUGGUUAACCGUCAAAACGGAACUGUCCGUCCCGAUGCGACAAUAUCAUUUCCAGACAUGACAGUUGAGGAGGCUUCCAUCAAAUUUGGCACAAAAUCCGGAAACUUCAAGAUUUGGAUGGAGCAGUCAGAAAGCAAGGACUCAGAAGGCAAAGCCGUAUUCCGCGAUGCCAGUGUCGACAUGCACGGCAUUUCCAAUAACCGGCCGAUCAUGCUCUUCCUCAAGUACUUCAACGCGGAGGAACAGACACUCUUCGGUAUGGGUAGCUUCUAUGCGGGUUGGCAGGACAAAGUGACGGAUAUUUCCCCUCAACUCUUGAAAAUACUCAACUUGCCAGCAGGCACUGGGUUAAAACUGUUCGAGGAAAUCAAGUCCAACAUGAUUGAGCAGAUGAAACCAAAGGUGACGCUCUCAUCCUCGGAGCUGCAAGAUGGUGAUAUCAUCACUGUCCAAAAAUCCUUGUCGGAAAAAGAGGCUUCGGCUAUCUCUGCAACGGGUCGCUACACUGACGUGAGAGAAUUCUACGAUUACCUUUUGAACAGAAUUCGUGUGCAGUUCGCCGCCAAGUAUCCUGUCGAUGGGGAGGACAACCAGUUCUUCUUGUGGCUUAGUAAGAAGAUGACUUAUGAUCAGUUUGCUGCUAAAGUAGGCGAACAUCUCGGUGUGGAACCAACUCAUCUCCGGUUUACUACUGUCAAUCCGAACACCGGGAGAGCGAAAAUUCCCGUCAAACGCCAACAGAAUCAAACCUUGAGCAUAAUCUUGAACCCCAACAACUACAACUACGGAGGCGGUCAGCAGCGCAACGAUGCGUUGUACUACGAAAUUCUGGAGUACAGCCUGGCUGAAUUGGAGCAGAUGAGGAACUUGAAGGUUACAUGGCUGCCGGAUGGUGUUGCCAAAGAGGAGCCUUUUGAAAUUCUUGUUGCAAAGAAUGGCACUAUGAAUGACCUCAUCAAGGGCCUCCAAAAGAAAGCCGGCUUUGAUAACGCCACAUCUGAUAAGGUGCGACUAUAUGAUGGUAGCAGUGGCCGCUGGCGAAAGGAAAUUCCCAGAGAAACUGGGUGCUUGAGCAUAAACGAAUAUGCGAACCUCUUCGCAGAACAGAUACCCGAGGAAGAGGAAAGCAUCGACCGAGAUGCUGGGGAAGAUCUCGUUUCUUGUUUCCAUUUCGACAAAGACGCAAGCAAGCCCUAUGGUGUUCCUUUCUUGUUUGUGGUGAAACCCGGCGAGCCUUUCAAGGAAACAAGAGAGCGGCUUUCGAAGCGCACAGGUAUCAAAGGCAAGCAGCUCGAGAAGAUCAAGUUUGCACUGGUGGUCGGCAACCAGGGCUACGCAAAGACUGAGUACAUUGAGGAUGACGAGGUACUCGCCGACAAAAUUAGCCAAAAUUCGGAGGAGACGCACCUUGGCCUUGACCACGUCAACAAAGCACGCAAUGCCUGGGCCAAGGCCGACUCGAUUUUCAUCAAGUAAAGGGGUUUUGUUGCAUUAGUCGGGUCGUUGCAUGGCUGGGUUGACUGGUGGAAUUGAGUUAGCGACCUGUGCAUAGAAGACCGGCGUCUGUUAUUCCCUUUUGCCUUUGACACCAUGCUGCUAGACAUGGCGAGAGAAGAAAUUGUACAACCAACCGUGUAGCUGGUAAUUAGUUCAACUUCAGUUGCUGAUGGAG